ACAAUUCCUGUGUGACAUUCAACUCCGUUAGUUCAAUUUCAUCUUUUUAAAAGACUAAUAAUUUGGGGGGGGUGGGAUUCCUUUUCAUAGCCUCGAUGUCUGAAGAGGUUACUUACGCAGACCUCAAUUUUCAGGACUCCGGUAGAAAGAAAAGUAUCCAGGAGUUUGGCACAGUUGGAAUCAAAGCACCUGCUGCUACUUCCCAUGUGUGGCAUCAGAGAGCCUUGGCUCUGAUUCUCCUAUGCCUUCUGCUGCUGAUUGGACUAGGAAUCUUAGGAAGCGUAUUUUACAUAACUUUGAAGAAAGAAAUGAGAAAAUUGAAUAAACUACAAAAUAUCAAAGAAGAACUUCAGAGAAAUGUUUCUGUACAAUUGAUGCAUAGCAUGAAUAGUUCCCAGAUGAUCAGGAACCUAUCUCUCACGCUGCAAGAAAUAGCCACCAAAUUAUGUCAUGAGCUUUACCAAAGAGAACCAGAGCACAAAUGUAAACCUUGCCCAAAGAAGUGGAUAUGGCAUGAGGACAACUGUUACCUAGUAACUAAGAAUUAUGUCACAUGGCAAAAGAAUGCCAUGUUCUGUUCUGCUCAAAAUGCCAGCCUAUUGAUGAUUAAGAACAAAAGUGUAUUGGAAUUUGUAAAAUCCAGGAACUUACGUAGAUACUGGCUGGGGUUAUCUCCCAGAAAAUAUUAUGCAGAUUACAAGAUAGUGGAUGAGACAAUUUUCUCCUCUGACUGGUUUGUACGAAAUACAAAGGACGUCGAUGACACCAUGUUUUGUGGAUAUAUAGACACAAUAUAUGUUUCCUAUACACUCUGCUCUGACUCAAAGAAUAUUAUAUGUGAGAAGCUGGCUAACCCAGUGAAGAUUGAGAACACACUAAUGAGUGAAAUACCAGAUGAAAAAUAUGAUUAGUGCAAGUAAUUUGCUAUUAUGCUGCCAUUUAGGCAACUGCACGGAGCAUACAUCUUGUGACCCGCACAAAUGGAGUACAGAUGCUAUGAGACUAAAUCUCUGCUUCUCUCCUAACCAUGUACAUUUGUAAACUUUCUUUCUCCUCAUUGGCUAUGGAACAGGAGCCUAAAGUCAUACCUUAUCAUCUAGAUACAGGCUCAAUUUAUGUUGAGCAUGAAUUCAGUGGGUUGGGUGAAUAUACAGAAAACUGAAGCUAACUUUUCCCGCUUUUCCAGAAAUAACAAGGCAAAUACCCACCUUAUAGAACAUCAGGGAAAAUGAAAACUAGGAAUUAAUUAUAUCGAAAGGAUAAUACAUCACGAGCAACUAGAAUUUAUGCUGGUAAUACUGUGGUAGGGUCCCCUGCCUAAGGAGAGAGAAAAAAAGUAACCUGGCUAUGCGCCUACGUGACAGUAUCUCUCAUGACCUUGUAAAUUGAGACUACUUAAUCGACUAUAUGUUUGUUUGUGUUGCCGUAUAUGGGAAACAAAGAAAUAGAAAACGUAUAGAAAACUAUGCCACAUGAUGUUCGGUGCUCAGUUCUUCGGGUACGAACCCAACUGAGCAGUGCUGGCACGAAUAAAGUUGCUUCCUGGAAAUUCAAAAGCCUCAGUGUUACAACUCUCUGUGCGAGAAUCCUGCUACAAUACAGGUUGCCUUACAUGUUAGGAAAAAAAAAAACAUAAGAAAGAGAAAGAAAAAAUUUAUUUUAAUAGAUGUGGAAAAGCAUUUGAGAAAACGUAAUACCUAAUCUCUCAGGAAACUUGAAGCAGAAGAUUUCCCUAAUCUGCUAAAGGAAGGUGACAUCAAAAGAGUGAAAAGAAAAACAAACCAAACAAAGGACUAAUAACCACCUGUAAACCUAACACCAUGCUGGUGGUAAAAAAGUGAAUGUUUUGCUUUUGAGCUCCGGACCCAGAUCAGAAUGGCCUUUAGCAUUUUGUUCAGUAACCUGGAGACCCUGGCAGGAAAAUAAGGCAAGGAAAAUAAAUUUAAAUAUGUAAAACAUGAGAAAGGAAGAAAUAAAACAUUUUUAUUUGUAGCUAA